AUGUCGACACGCCAAAACAAGAAACGGAAAGGGCGGACGCUCCCGAUCCCCCGAGAACGCACAGUCACCACGCUCACAGACGGACCAGAUACUCCUUUUCUCCACGAGGCGUCGGCUGGCUUCAUGACCUCGCCUUUCCCUGGCUCGCCCUUCGCUGGCUUCCCCAUGGCACACACAGACCACACCCAGCAGUUCUUGCCCACUCCGCAGAUGGUGCUCCCCCCUGGCGAGGACGACCUCGAGAUUCUCGAAAAGCUCAAGGAUAUGAUAAGGAACGGCCAGCACGAGUUUUACCGUGCGGUUCCUCAGCCCCGCGCUCUGGCAAGCCUCUACCUAGGACCCAACGCUCCUGCCCAUGGCCAAGCUCAGCCUCAAGACGGACCCACGUCUCCAGGGGAUCAAAAUCGGACCAGGCCUCCACGGAUUCACAACAAGGACAGAUCGAUAGCGGUGAACACGUCUGUGAACAAUAAAAAGCAAGCAAACGCAAACGAGGAUUCUGGCGCAGGACCGUCCCCAGCAACUGCGGCAAGCCCGUCUGAAGGGCGGCCGCUCAGCGACCGACUUGGGGCUGAUGCGUCGCCGGUGCCCCUUGUUCGAAACGGCAGCACUGCGCCGCGGGAUCGAGACGGAGAUUGGGAUGCGCGCGAUAGAGACUGGGAACGCGACAGAGAUCAUCGGGAUCGGGGUGUUCGCGAUGAGCGGCGGAUGUCUGACGUGCGCAGGCCGCCUCCCGAGCAACGGCACUACGAGCCUUCGUAUGACCGGCACGCGCCAUCGCCUGGUCGUGCACUGCGGCCCGCAGCUAGUGACGAAGGCCCGCCUCGUAGAGCUAUGGAUGACCGUCGACCGCCUCCUGCUUCUCCUACGCCUGGUGCUGACUCUCGUGUACUUGGAACUAGAGCUCCUGCGGACAUGGAUGAGCGAAGCCGUAUUGAAGACAGACCUCGGCUAGAAGAGCGCAUUGGCAACACCCGCGUCCUCCCUUCUCUGCAAGAUAGGCUGACCAGGGCCGAAGACACGCUCCCAGCUCGUCAGGCCUCAAGUCUGGAAGACCGCAUCUCUCACUUGACUGCUGCGCCUACUAUCACUGCUUCGCCUAUCAGAUCUUCUGCAAAUACGUCGGUGCCACCAUCCUCAGGGGACAGUCGCCUUCCUCGUCCUCCAACUGUGCCCGAAGGAUCAGGCGGCCGCCCGCCGCCGCGUCCCACUGACGACAGAACAAACCCAGGGUCUCGUGCUGCAUCACGCCCUCCUCUGCUUCCUGCGCGCCCCGAUGACCGACCACCAGCAGGACGUCCGGCAGAGACUCGAUACCCCCCUCGUCCACCAUCUCCUGAUCGUGGCCGGGUGCCGCCUAUGUCUCGACCUUCUGGCUAUGACUCCCAUCGUGCUUCUUCCGUUAUACGCGAUACUGACCCCCGUGGGACUAGGCCGCCCGUGAGUCGCCCGUCGCCCUCUCCGCCCCGCUCCGUGGACACUCGCGACCGCCUUCCGCCGCCUCUGCCCCGCGAACACAGCCUCCCUCCUCCUCCUCCUCCUCGAGGCGCUGCGCAACGCCCGGAUGAUAGUCGCUAUGCCGAUGACAGACGCUCGGACGCCAUGGUUGUGGAUCCUCCCUCAAGGUUCAACGACGCACGAAGCACGUAUCCGCCCCGCAGGUUUUCGCCUCCGUCUGCCGCUGAUCUGGCUCGCGAUCGCGAGCGAGCGAGGGGGAUGCACCCCCCGCCUUCCCCUCCGACCGCAGCAACGAGAGGACCGCCGCCUGGUAGCAGCGCUUACGACGACGCCGACCGUGGUCGUGCUAUAGGCGACAGACGGGACUGGAGCUACGCCAGCAGUCACGAGUACCCAGAUCGACGACGGGAUUACGACGAUGAGUAUUGGAACCAUAAAGGGAGCGCGCCGCCGCCGUUCCCAUCCGACAGAGACAGAGAUAGAGACAGAGACAGGGAUAGGUACGAACGGGAUCCGCCCCCGCCACCGCCCCGCAGCCAGGCAUGGGACCCCCGUGACGACCGUGACCGCGACAGACGCUCGCCCCCUCCAAGAUCCUACGACCCCCCACCGACACGUGCGCUGAGCUCGAGAUUGACUGACAAUUACCCGCCGCCGCCGCUGCCAGCAGCAGACCGUUCGUAUGCGCCCCCGGCGGCGCUUGGGUCCCUCCCCAGAGACGACCGACGAUACCCCCCUCCAGCACCCGUCCGCGCCCCAAGCCCGGCCCCGUACUCGCGCGUGCGUCCGCGGAGCCCGAGCCCCAUUGGACGGCGACCGCCGCUGUCCGCUGCAGACGACAUGCGGGCGCCGCCUCCGAAGCGGCAGCGGGACGACGCGUACCCCCCGGGAUACUACUCCCCCCAGAGCACGCGCGACCCCCUUCCGCCGCCGCCGCCGCCCAGGAGACCGAGUGAUUAUCCCCCACCGCGCAUCGCGAGCCCGCCCCCGCCGUCGACGGCCAGCAGCGGGUACUAUGAUCGGCCGCCGCCGUCUGGUGCGAGCAGCGUGGAUAGGGACAGGGACAGAGGCUUUGGUGCGCCGCCGCCAAGGGACUUUGCUCGGGCGUCGUACGAUCGUCCGAGGUCGCCACCGCCACGAGCUGCUCCGCUGGGCGCGCCGUACAGUAGACCCCCUGCCUCCACGUACUCCCGACCAAUAGACCCAAGGGACGAUUCUCGGCGGUAUAUGCCUCCCCCACCCAGAACAGCAUAA